GCCAAGAGAAAUAGUCUCACUCACUCACCAUAAUCCCCUUUGCCGAAUCGAAACCUGAUACUCCUAUUAAUCAGCAGAAUCAAACAUUGCCGCUCUCGUGGGACUUGGGAGCCACACUGCCCUACAAGAAAAACCCUAAAACCCACUUCCAAAAUUUCCACUUAUUGCUCAACAAAUAUCUUCUUUGUAUGCAUAAUCAAUGCACAGUGAUGAACGUCCAUGUUCUCUCUCAACAGGAACGUAAUCGGUGCAUCGAAAAUGGGAUCAACCAUUGAAGCAGCUAUAUGGUUCUUUGCUCAAAGAAUGUUACUUCUCCUCCGCAGCUUAUUCGGUAGAAGAUCUCAUCGCGUAAGCGUUUUCUCGUUGACUCCUCCUAAGGGUUCCAAUAAUAAUAAUCACAUAUAUCUUAGCUCUUUGAAUGGUUCUUCCCAACUAGUCUCUCCAUUUUUCUUGACCUGUAUCAGUAAUUUUCUUUGUUUUUUUCGAUGCCCAUUCGGCAGCGAAGCGAGUUUUGACAAGUUUGGUGAAGUGUUUGAUAGGCGAUGGGUAUCCGAAAUUGUUAGAGAAGGCAGGUGGGAUGAUGCUAGGAUUGUUAAUUUGUUCGGUUCGGGUUUAGCUCCGGUUUGGGUUCCGAGAAUAUUGGUGGCAUUGAAGGAAGACCCACCAUUAGCUUUGAAGUUGUUUAAAUGGGCUAAAACCCGUGUUGGGUUUUGCCACACGACAGAGUCAUAUUGUUUACUAGCUCACAUACUGUUCUGUUGUAGGAUGUAUGCUGAUGCUCAUGAUAUUCUGAAAGAUUUAGUUACUUCAACUCAGGUGUCGUCGGUUUGUGAUUUGUUUGAUGUCUUGUGGUCAACGAGGAAUGUUUGUGUUUCGGGUUAUGGGGUAUUUGAUGCAUUCUUUAGUGUGUUGGUUGAAUUGGGGAUGCUGGAGGAAGCAAGUGACUGCUUUUUGAGAAUGAAGAGAUUUAGAGUUCUUCCGAAAGUGCGUUCUUGUAACUAUCUCUUACAGAGGCUUUCAAAGACCGGCAAAAGUGAACUGUCAAUGAAAUUUUUUAGAGAUGUGGUUUCAGCUGGAGUACCAGCGUCUGUGUUUACGUAUAACAUACUGAUUGACUACAUGUGUAAAGAAGGAGAUUUGAAAACUGCUGGGAUCCUGUUUGAACAGAUGAAGAAGAUGUGCAUCAUGCCAGACAUUGUGACUUAUAAUACACUUAUUGAUGGGCAUGGAAAGCUUGGACAUUUAGAUACAUCUGUUAGUAUAGUUCAUGAAAUGAAGGCUGCAGGUUGUGAUCCUGAUGUUGUAACUUACAAUGCUUUGAUUAAUUGUUUUUGUAAAUACGAGAGGAUAUCAGAGGCAUUUAAGAUUCUCCACGAGAUGAAGGAAAGUGGUUUGAAACCAAAUGUCAUAACUUACAGCACAUUCAUAGAUGCUUUUUGCAAGGAAGGGAUGAUGCAAGAGGCCAUCAAGUUUUUUGUGGACAUGAGACGAAUUGGUCUUAUGCCAAAUGAGUUCACUUAUACGUCUCUGAUAGAUGCAAAUUUUAAAGGCGGUCAUCUUGAUGAUGCUCUAAAACUUGUCAAAGAGAUGUUACAGGCUGGGGUCGAGUUGAACAUUGUUACUUAUACAACAAUAGUUGAUGGUUUAUGUGACGAAGGGAGGAUGAAGGAGGCUGGAGAAGUUUUUAUAGCAAUGCUGAAAGCUGGGGUAGCUCCUAAUCGACAAAUUUUUACUGCGCUUGUUCAUGGAUAUAUUAAGGCAAAAAACAUGGAGAACGCCAUGGAUAUUUUGAACGAAAUGAAAGGAAAAAGCAUCGAACCAGACUUGGUGGCGUAUGGAAUUAUCAUAUGGGGUCUCUGCAACCAGGAAAAGGUUGACGAAGCCAAGACUUUAUUUAAUGAGAUGAAGGCAUUUGGUAUAGAAGCAAAUCAUUUUGUCUACACAAACCUUAUUGAUGCAUAUUUUAAGGCAGGAAAAGCCACACUGGCACUAAAUCUUCUACAAGAAAUGCAAGAGAAAGGUAUUAACCCUACAGUUGUUACAUAUUGUGCAUUAAUUGAUGGUUUGUGCAAAUUGGGAUUGGUCAAUGAGGCCAUCAGACAUUUCCAUAUGUUGAGGGACAUGGGUUUACAGCCAAAUGUUGUGGUUUAUACAGCCCUAAUUGAUGGCCUUUGUAAAAAUAAAUGCGUGGAAAAAGCCAGAGAGCUGUUUGAUGAAAUGCUGAAUAAGGGCAUGCUUCCAGAUAAAACUGCUUACACAUCAUUGAUUGAUGGGAACUUAAAGGUUGGAAAUACCCAAGAAGCCUUGGAUUUGCAAAAGAGAAUUGUUGAAAACGGUAUGGAGCUUGAUCCUGUUGCCUAUACCUCGUUGAUUGUGGGCCUUUCUAAAUGCGGCCAAAUGCGACAAGCAAGAAACUUUCUUGGUGAGAUGAUUGCAAAAGGUAUGCUUCCUGAUGUGGCUGUUUAUAGUUCUCUGGUGAGGAUGUAUUAUGAGCUAGGCAAUGUGGAUGAGGCUCUUGAGCUGCAAAAUGAAAUGGUGGAAAAGGGUCUUAUUGGUGGCAUAAGCGAUGAUGCUGUUCUCCAUGUUCAAACUUGAGAGGGUUCUAAAAUGCAGACAUGUCCUUGGUGCUAUUACAUUUAUGACUUGAACCAACAAUGAUGGCUUGUUGGGUUGUUGGUGGAGAAGAAUACAAGCGAAUAAAUGUAACAUGCACUUAUUAUACAGAUUUAGAGACUCUUGCACUGAUGCUGCCCUGUACAUGGUCACAACCUUCAGUUGAGGCUGGUUUGUCGAUGAGCGAUCGUUGGAUAGCUUUCGGAGUGUAGAUGGUUGCUGUGAAGUCGGUAUGUGGCACUGAAUCACUAUCAGGGUUUAUCUGGUUCAAGCAUCUCGAUAUAUUAUGAGGUGGAUUUACAGUUGAGUGAUAGUAUUGAUCAGCUCAUAUGGCAUGGGGUUAAUGGAGUGAAACUGUUCUGCAUGUUUUAGGAAGACGUCCUUUCAGAAAUCUGGUGGUCAGAAUUACAUAAAGGGUUAUUUUCGAUGUGGCACUGAUGAAAGCGUCGAUUUGAGACAAGGAAUGGUAUCUCAGGAGUUGUUGGUAAGCUAGACAUUGAAAAGGCAUUUGACCAUGUGAAUUGGGACUUUUAUGUGUUGGAGUUGAUGGGCUUUGAGGAGCAACGAAGGAGGUGGAUUAAAUGGGGUACUUCCCAGGUGUGUGUGCUUUAUUUAGUCUAUCUUGGAAAUAAACAAGAGGUGCCUAUUCCAAUGGAAAAGGUACAAAAGGAUAAUUCUGAGAUGGUAAACGAGGCCCCACAAGAUUGAAGCUUCUGAAAGUGCUGGGUGUUCAACUGCAAGAAAGGUUUUUCAAGCAUUGGAACAUGAGAGAGGCGCUGUCUGGGUCUUUAUUAGGAGACAAUAUGGUCCUAUGUUGGAGGAAUAUCUUAAAAAGCACUUGAGGGGUUCAGGCAUAUCUACUGUUAUCCAUUUGAAUUAAACCAUGGACUUUUGUGCAAAAACUUGGAGACGCAAUUUUUAUCCCUGCUGGCCAUCAAGUUUGAAACUUGAAGGUAGUGGGAGUUACUUUAAUUAGGUUAAGAUUCUAUAGUUUGAAGUUGCUACUAUUAGAAUCAUUAGAUCGUCAGGAGAAUGUGAUCAUGUACCAUUCUCCUAGAAGCUGUAUUAUUUCUUAUACCACCAGACAUGGUACUGAUACAAAAAUAUGAAGGCAGAAACAGACAUGCACAAAAUCAAUG